AUAUUUGAUACAGACCGACACAUGAAGUAUCACACGAGGACGUCGGAUCAGAGUGAGUCUUAGAGGCUACCAUGCCCAAAUUCCGACAGGAAACGUGGCCUGGUUAACCGUUAACCAACGACCUCAGUUUUCUUUUAAGAGACGCCUAGAUUUUUCAAUCUCGAAUUCAAACUCGAGACGACUGAAAAUGAAAGCAAAAUCCAAGCUGCGGCAAGCAGUAGACUUGCUUUGCUCUCGAAGCACCGCAACCUCUGAGGCCUACACCCAAUUGGUCCUCGAAUGUGUCCGUGCAAAUGAAAUCGACCAAGCUAAGAGACUGCAGUCCCACAUGGAACACCAUCUUUUCCAACCCCCUGAUCCCUUUCUCCACAAUCAGCUACUUCAUUUGUACGCAAAAUUCGGGAAGCUUCGGGAUGCCCAAAACCUGUUUGAUAAAAUGCUUGAAAGGGAUGUUUUCUCCUGGAAUGCUCUGCUCUCUGCGUAUGCUAAAUCAGGGUCCAUCCAGGAUUUGCGGGCAACAUUUGAUCGAAUGCCUUACCGCGAUUCAGUUUCAUACAAUACGAUCAUAGCAGGUUUGUCUGGAAAUAGUUUUCCAAAAGAGUCGCUUGAGCUUUUCAGAAGAAUGCAGAGGGAGGGUCUUGCACCUACGGAGUAUACAAAUGUAAGCGCAUUGAAUGCAUCUGCACAAUUGUUGGAUUUGAGGCGUGGGAAACAGAUUCAUGGGAGUGUUAUUGUGCAUAACUAUUUAGGGAAUGUGUUCAUUUGCAAUGCUUUAACAGAUAUGUAUGCCAAAUGUGGUGAGAUUGAACAGGCAAGGUGGUUGUUUGAUCGUCUCACUAACAAGAAUUUGGUUUCUUGGAACUUGAUGAUAUCUGGGUAUGUAAAGAAUGGACAGCCUGAGAAGUGCAUUGGUUUGUUACAUGACAUGCGCUUGUCUGGUCAUAUGCCUGAUCAAGUUACCUUGUCAACUGUGAUCGCAGCUUACUGUCAAUGUGGGCGUGCAGAUGAAGCAAGAAGGGUAUUUAAUGAGUUUAAAGACAAAGAUAUUGUUUGCUGGACAGCCAUGUUGGUGGGUUAUGCAAAAAGCGGCAGAGAAGAGGAUGCACUGUUGUUGUUCAACGAAAUGCUAUUAGAACACUUUGAACCCGACAGCUACACAUUAUCGAGCGUUGUCAGUUCAUGUGCCAAAUUAGCAUCUCUAUAUCAUGGUCAGGCAAUCCAUGGAAAAUCAAUUCUUGCUGGGCUUGAUAACAAUUUACUCGUCUCAAGCGCAUUAAUCGACAUGUAUUCCAAAUGUGGUUUAAUCGAGGACGCAAGGUCAGUCUUCGACGUGAUGCCAACUAGGAAUGUGAUUACAUGGAAUGCUAUGAUUGUUGGCUAUGCACAAAACGGACGUGAUAAGGACACCCUCGAACUCUUUGAAAACAUGUUGCAAGAGAAAUUCAAACCUGAUAAUGUUACUUUUGUAGGCGUUUUAUCUGCUUGUCUCCAUUCUAAUUUCAUUGAACAAGGGCAGGUGUUCUUCGAUUCUAUAAGCAAUCAACACGGAUUGACGCCUAGUUUGGAUCAUUACGCAUGUAUGGUCAAUCUCCUAGGACGUUCAGGUCGCAUCGAUCAAGCAGUUGAUCUAAUAAAAAGUAUGCCCCAUGAACCAGAUUUCCUGAUAUGGUCCACACUUCUAUCUGUUAGUGCAACAAAGGGUGAUGUUGCAAGUGCAGAAAUGGGAGGUAGGCAUCUCUUCGAAUUGGAUCCUACCAAUGCUGUGCCAUAUAUUAUGCUCUCAAAUAUGUAUGCCUCUAUGGGUAGAUGGAAGGAUGUAGCAGCAGUUAGGAGUGUGAUGAAGAACAAGAAUGUGAAGAAGUUUGCUGGGUACAGUUGGAUUGAGAUUGAUAAUGAGGUGCACAAAUUCACAUCCGAAGAUCGAACACACCCAGAAACAGAACAAAUCUAUGAGGAAUUGAAGAUAUUGAUAAGGAAACUUGAAGAACAGGGAUUUAGGCCUAAUACAAAUCUGGUUUUGCAUGAUGUUGGAGAGGAGGAGAAGUUGAAAUCCAUAUGUUUCCACAGCGAGAAACUUGCGCUUGUCUUUGGUUUGAUUAAGAAAGGUAAUGGAGUUAGUCCAAUAAGGAUCAUAAAGAACAUUCGGAUUUGCAGCGAUUGCCAUGAGUUCAUGAAGUUUGCAUCUAUGAGUAUUAGAAGGCAAAUAAUCUUGAGAGAUUCAAAUAGAUUUCAUCAUUUUUCAAAUGGGAAAUGCUCCUGCAAGGAUAACUGGUAAGGAAUAUGCUGCUAUAUUCAUAUCUUGUUGUUUGAUGGGUGCUUCUAUGGUUAUCUUUCAAUGCAGCUGAAACUUUGUUA